UUUUAAAGCCUCAUGGUCACAUUGAUUGCUGUCUCAUGCUGUAAACAAAUUGCAAUCCCUUUAAAAUUUAAAAUUUUACACAAAAAUGACCCCAGAUACAACCAGGGACAUUGGAUUCGACAGACAAUUCGCUGUAGAGGUGAACGGAGUUCCCACGGAAAUAGUAUUCCACGGCUUUGCCAACAAAUGGUUUUUGGUAAUCACUCAGUUGGGAAAGAUUCCCGGCAUUUUUAACGUAACCUUCGAUGUGCGAAAGGACGAGCGCAUCCUGCCGCUCCUGCACGGACCCGUGACCAACCCCGAGUUCCACGUGUCGGUGGGUAUAAAUAUGACUUGCUGUCUGGGUCUGGACACGGACGAGAUUCGCAGCGCCAUCCAGUUUCUGGUAAACCGGACGGGUCUCAACAAGUGCCCCUCGGAAUUUGUGAUCGGACUUGGCCUGAAGACUAUCGACGGGCCCAAUCUGCGCUCCCUGGCCAAAGUACUCGAGGAAGUGGUCUUUUAGUUUUAAAUUCUUGUUAUUUAUCGACUUAAUAAAAACUGUAUGACAGGAA